AUGAAAAAAGGUGUUGAUUCACUUGCUGGCUAUGCUGAAAUUUUUCAAAGAAAUGUUCUUUCAUCUGGUGUUGUGCCUCAAAUAUCUUUAAUAAUGGGUCCAUGUGCAGGUGGAGCUGUAUAUUCACCUGCCCUUACUGAUUUCACGUUCAUGGUACGUGAUACUUCAUAUUUAUUUGUUACCGGACCUGAUGUUGUUAAAGCUGUUACCAAUGAAGAUGUUACAAGAGAAGAACUUGGUGGAGCAAAGGUACAUACAGCAGCAUCAGGUGUUGCACAUGAUGCAUUUGAUAAUGAUUUUGAAGCUUUACAAAGAUAUACUGAUGACUCAGCACAUCGAGAAGAUCUAUCACUUAAUCAUAUAAUUCCAGUUGAUUCUACAAAAGCAUAUGAUGUGAGAGAUGUUAUCACACGUAUUGUAGAUGAUGAGGUUUUUUUUGAAAUUAUGCCAAAUUAUGCCAAGAAUAUUGUGGUAGGAUUUGCUAGAAUGAAUGGUCAGACAGUUUCAAUAGUUGGUAAUCAACCAUUGGUUUCAUCAGGAGUUCUCGAUAUCAAUUCAUCAGUUAAAGGUGCAAGAUUUGUAAGGUUUUGUGAUGCUUUCAAUAUCCCAAUCAUCACACUUGUUGACGUUCCUGGUUUUCUUCCUGGAACAGCACAAGAGCAUAAUGGUAUUAUUAGGCAUGGAGCUAAAUUACUUUAUGCUUAUGCUGAGGCUACAGUUCCUAAAAUUACAAUUAUUACUAGAAAAGCAUAUGGAGGUGCUUAUGAUGUUAUGUCUAGUAAGCAUCUUCGUGGAGACAUGAAUUAUGCAUGGCCAACUGGUGAAAUUGCAGUCAUGGGAGCAAAGGGGGCAGUAGAAAUCAUUUUUCGCAACGAGAAAGAUAAAACUCAUGCUGAAAAGGAAUAUAUCGGCUAA